CUCAAAGUCAAAUCUAGAAAGUGGAAGCCUAAAUAUCCAGCAUUUUUCUUCAGUUUAUCUCAUAUUUUGUUCCAUAACCACCAUUUAUGGUGGUAUAAUGGCGCUGCCUUGAUCCAGGUGGUAGUAUUGCACAAGUGUAAGCCAAAGUCAUGGCGAGUUCUAACCAGAUCAACAUAGAAAUGAGAAGUUUUUUGGAGGAGGAUUUGGGACAUUCUGGCGAAAUGGAAAGCGAAAGCAAAGAUGCAAAUAAUUCAUUUCUUGCUUUUAUCGAAAAACGACAUUUGGAACGAAUUGAAGGCACAAAGACAUUCACACAGACAUGGAGGAUGAAAGAAAGAAUGAAGACAGUGAGUGUUGCUCUCGUGUUGUGUCUUAAUGUAGGAGUAGAUCCUCCAGAUGUUGUCAAGACAACACCUUGUGCCAGACUAGAGUGCUGGAUAGAUCCUUCAACAAUGAGUGCCCAGAAAGCUCUGGAAACAGUUGGAUCUUACCUCCAAAAGCAAUAUGAAAGAUGGCAGCCUCGUGCCCGCUACAAACAGAGCCUUGACCCAACCGUUGAUGAGGUGAAAAAAUUGUGUAUGUCUCUGCGUCGUAAUGCUAAGGAGGAGCGGGUAUUGUUUCACUAUAAUGGCCAUGGUGUGCCUAGACCUACCAUUAAUGGAGAAAUAUGGGUUUUCAAUAAGAGUUACACUCAGUAUAUUCCCUUGUCUGUGUACGAUCUACAGACUUGGAUGGGGUCGCCAUCUAUAUACGUGUAUGACUGUUCAAAUGCUGGUAUCAUUCUCGAGUCAUUUAAACAAUUCUCUGUGCAGCGGGAACAGGAAGCUGAGUUAUCCAAUGUUAACAGCAGGGACAGUCCCAUGAGGCAAACAUCUCAAAACAAUAAGAAUUGUAUUCAGCUCGCAGCAUGUAGCUCAUCCGAACUUCUGCCCAUGAAUCCGGAACUACCUGCUGACCUCUUCACUGCCUGUCUCACUACACCCAUAAAAAUAGCCCUCAGAUGGUAUGUCCUUCAAAACACUCAUAAGCUUGUGCCAAGUAUAACACUAGAGGAUGUUGAUAAAAUCCCCGGGCAGCUUAAUGACAGGAGAACUAUGCUAGGAGAAAUGAAUUGGAUCUUCACAGCUAUAACUGAUACUAUAGCAUGGAACACACUACCUAGAGAAUUGUUUCAAAAAUUGUUCCGUCAAGAUCUGCUGGUCGCGAGUUUGUUUCGCAACUUUUUAUUGGCUGAGAGAAUCAUGAGGUCAUACAAUUGUACUCCUACAUCGAGUCCAAAACUACCACCAACAUAUCAACAUCCAAUGUGGCAAGCAUGGGAUUUAGCCCUGGACCUUUCCCUCUGUCAACUCCCAAAAAUCAUGAAGGAAGGUGGACAAUUUCAACAUAGCAAGUUCUUUGCGGAGCAGUUGACAGCAUUUCAAGUGUGGCUAUCAUACGGAGCGGAGAGUCGGCACCCUCCAGAGCAGCUUCCAAUUGUUCUGCAGGUUCUCCUAAGCCAAGUUCAUAGACUAAGAGCUUUAGAUCUACUUGGAAGAUUCCUUGAUCUUGGACCAUGGGCAGUUAGUCUGGCUUUAUCUGUUGGGAUAUUCCCAUAUGUUUUGAAGUUGCUUCAGAGUUCUGCAAGAGAGCUACGCCCCCUAUUGGUGUUUAUCUGGGCAAAAAUUCUUGCUGUUGACAGUUCCUGUCAGGCAGAUCUGGUGAAGGACAAUGGGCACAAGUAUUUCCUGUCCGUUUUGGCAGAUCCUUAUAUGCCGGCCGAACACAGAACAAUGGCUGCUUUCGUUCUUGCAAUGAUCGUCAAUAGUUACCCAAAUGGCCAAGAGGUGGCACUACAGGGGAAUCUUAUAGCGAUAUGUCUGGAGCAAUUGAGUGAUAAAUCGGCACUUUUGAGGCAAUGGCUGGCUUUAUGUCUCGGGAAGGUGUGGACAAACUUUGAUGCUGCUAGAUGGUGUGGGGUGCGGGACACUGCCCACGAAAAGAUGUACAUUUUGUUAACAGAUCCAGUACCAGAGGUACGUGCUGCGGCUGUGUAUGCUUUGGGCACCUUCAUAGCGAACAGUACGGAAAGGAGUGACCACGCUAACAACAUUGACCACAGUGUAGGGCUAACACUCAUUAACUCCACGUAUGAUGGCAGUCCACUCGUUAGAAAGGAAUUGGUUGUAUCGCUGUCAGGUUUGGUCCACCAAUUUGAGAACCAAUUUACGUCAAUGGCUUAUCGUUUCUUGGAGGAUGAAAGACGUACGGAUGCAGAGCGUACUUUUUUACCUGCGGGAUUAACAUCUGAUACAACUAUGAAUCAGCCUGCCUUAUUGAGCCCAACAUCGUCAAUGAAACGCAGUUCUUCAAAGAGCAGUCUUAAGGGCAUAUAUGGCUCACCAUCAAGCCACACUGUCAGUCCCCUGAUGAACUACAGUAGUGGGAGUAGCAGCUAUGAUAGUCCAAAUAGUGGCGAGAAUCUACCUGUGUUUGAACGUAUGAAACGUGUCUCGUCCAGUUCAUGUAUCGCAAGUUUAGGUUCUAGCACAGGAUAUGGCAACAUCUAUGCCAAUGUAUGGAAACACUUACUUCAACUCUCAAUGGACCCCUACCCUGAAAUAGCAGACCUAGCCAAGGCUCUAAUUAACACAAUUAAAUUAAAGGCAAAUACGACUGCUAGACCCAGACAGGUUGCUAUGCAGUCUUCUUCCUCCCAAAGUGCACCCUCUAGUCCCUCAAACAGACCCCCUGCAAACAUGCAUCAUGCACAACUAUCUGGAACUCCACCCAGGGAUAUUCCAGGUAUUCUAACACGAUCAACGGAAUCUCCAGCUAGAGCAAACAAGGAAUCUGGGCCCUCUGCGCAGUAUACGACGCAAUAUACAAGAUCGAGGAAACUUUUUGAUAAGGGCCCAACCCAGGCAGCAAUUGAGGAAAAUCCCAAGGAGCACCCCCCGGAUGAGAUCGACACCCCCUCAUUGUCCAUUCGUGAUCCUCAGGUAUCCACAGAAUUCUUCCAAUGGUGCUGUAAAUAUUUUGCUCAACCAAUCAUGCGGCCUUCAGAAAAGCGUGACCCCGAAAGUGAGACUCAUCAAACUCGAGAAUGGCGAUUGUUGUGUAGCUUGAACGUUAAAGAUGACGCAAGAGACGAACAGUUGAGAGCAGGUUUUAGUCGUCUAGAUGACCAAGUUUUUAUCAAUCGUAAUUGUGCUAUCCCAACUGUGAUAAAGUUCCAUCCGUAUGAGUCGCAUCUUGCUGUCGCAGAUAGAGAAGGGGUCAGCAUAUGGGAAUGGGAGCAAGGUACAAGACUUAACUAUUUCUAUAACAAGAACCCGAAACAUACAAGGAUAACAUCUAUGGAAUACAUCAACUGUUCUGAUACACCAUACCUCCUUACUGGAACAGAUGAUGGUGCAGUAAGACUAUGGAAGACAUACUACAGUGAAACAGGGGAGAGUCCAGAGAUUGUAACAGCCUGGCAGGGUCUCUCUGACAUGUUGCCUUCCACAAGAGGCUCUGGACUAGUGACAGAUUGGGAACAGCAAACAGGAAUUUUGUUGGCAUCGGGAGAUGUGCGGAUAAUACGUGUUUGGGAUGUCAAUAAAGAACUAAAAAUAAAGGAUCUCCCAACUGGGGCAGAUAGCUGUGUUACAAGCCUGACUCAUGACACAUUUGGUCAGUCUCUGGUAGUGGCAGGUUGCGGCGAUGGGUCUGUCAGAUUGUACGACAGGAGGCUCUCUCAGAGUGAAUGCCGUGUGAUGACAUUGCGAGAACAUAGUGGCUGGGUUGUGAAAGUUCAUCUUCAACAGGGUAUUGAUGGAAAGAUUAUCAGUGGCAGCGUUGGUGGUGAUAUCCGUUUUUGGGACCCCAGGUUCACAGAGUCAGUAAAGACAAUCUCAACUUCUCAGGGCCUAACAUCAUUAGAGGUGCAUGAGUAUGCUGAUGUGCUUGCGUGCGGAAGUGUCAACCAGUACAUUAGUGUGUUCAACCAAUCAGGGGACAGUCUCAGCAAUAUCAAAUACCACGAGGGCUUCAUGGGGCAGAGAAUUGGGCCAAUCACAUGCAUGGCAUUUCACCCACAUAGGGUGAAGUUGGCUGCAGGGAGCACAGAUGCCUUUGUCUCAGUUUACAGUACACCAGACAAGAAGAGGUGACUAGACCGCAACUCUA